ACCCGGAAGAGGAGCCAGAACGAGCUGCGGGCGCCAGGAGAGGAUCAUUAUUACUUGCGGGCGCAGGCCCGACUAGUUUCUGAGCCACUCUUGACCAAGGCAAAGAAGAUGAGAAGCAGAGUCUGAUGCAAUGUGAUGGCCAUCUGCCUAGAAGCUGGGGAUUCAGAAGAACAAAGGGAAUUGGCCCAAACGGACCAAUGGUAGACCUUUCUAACGACACCUUCACGUCCUUUACUGAUGAGGUACAGAGUUCCGGUUCUUUCAGCUCCUUUGGAGGACUGCAGCCCUGGUCCCAUGACUCUGGGAGCGAACCCGAGAGUAGAAAGCUGUCUACACGCUUGGAAUAUCAAGAUAAACAAUCUGAGCUUUCAGCAAAGAAGUUUAGUUGGAAAUGGAUCAACUACCUUAAGGGCAAAACAACUAACUCUGGAGGGUACCAACCAGACACUAAACUUCAAACAGAAAUCACUCCCUUCUCAGAUGAAGAAUUGCAUGCCCUGCAGUCUUUUUGCACUGUUAAGAUAAACCUGAUCCAUCAUAGAGCAAACUCUAAGGAGAAAAAGAGCAGCAGGCUUAAAAAGCUGCAGCUUAGAUUGGAUGCAGAGGCUUCAGAGAUAGAUGCUUUAAACUGCACGGUCCCCGAUGAGCUUUUGAACAGAAUCUAUUUUAAAAACAUGAGGACAAUACCAAAGCAGGUGACAACAGCUAAGCAACACAUUUCUUCUCGGUGUCAUGAUUGUAACAGAAAAAGAGCAGAACUGGCUCAGUCUGCCUUCCUGAAACAAAAGAAGACUUUACUGGAGUCAUUUUUACUAAAAGCAAAGAUAGAUGAACAUCUUCAUACUAAAGACUUUCUCACCUUUAUUGGAGAAGCACAUCAGGGCCUUCCUAGGCUUUCUGAUGACCCCAGAAUAAUCUGGAAAAGACUGAAUGAGAAAAGUCAGAUCAGAUACUCUGGUUUUGAAAGGUCAGAUACAGAACAGAAAAUGUAGAAGAAUGGAAAUAGUGCUUGUCAUUUACCUUUUGCUCUACUACUUCCCAAACCACUUACUCUAACCAAACAGGAGAUGCUAUUUAUUAAUGAUAAUGUGUAAUGUGUAUAGACGUUUCUUUUGUGUAUUUGAAUAAUUAUCAUCAUUUUUAAGGCACUUUGAAAACUAAAACUUUACUAUGCUUCCUUUACAGAUGUGAGGAUUAAAAACUUCAAUACAUUUUUAAAAAAUAAAUGGCAAUGUCGUAGUUGGAAUAUUUACAAAAAUUUUUAUAACAAUCCAGAGAAAUGCUGGUAGUUUGUAGAAGUACAGAAAUGUAAGAGAUACUUGAGGUAAUAAUGGCAAUCUUGGUGAAGAAAUGGAUAUGGGGAUUUAAUAAAAGGUAGAUGUUAAGAAUGUUACUAAGUUUCUGAUUUGUGCACUUGAGUGAAUAAUAAUUUCAAAAUUAUGUAUAGAAACAUUGGAAGAGGAUAAUGUCUGAGGGGAGUGAUUAAGGGUAUGAUUAUUUGGACAUGGUUAAUUUGAGAUAUAUUUGAGACAUCCACAUUAAGAGGUUGAGAAACAUUUGGUUAUUUGUGCUUGCAGUCUGGAGAAAAGGUCUAGCCUACAUAUUUGAAAUAAAGGGAUGGGAGGUGCAGAUUAUUGUCAUAUUAUUGGAAAUUUAAGUCAUAGAUGUGGUGAACUCUCUAGAAGAGAAUAGGGUGUGGAGAAAAGGGCUAUGACUAACUCCUGAGAGAUUCAACAAUUCCUGGCUGGAUAGAGGAGAAAAAGCCAGCAAAGGAGGUUGAGAAGAAAUUGUCAUAAACGAUUAAGGACGCUGGAAUGUGUAGUGUUGUAGAGAACAAAGAAAAAAUAUUUCAAAAGAGAUGGGUUGUCUAAGUAUGCAAAUGCAAGAGAGUUCAUGUGAGAUAAUUUAGUCAUGUGUUGGGCUCUUUUGACCUUAGUAACAUUCAAAUAUUACUUUUUCCUAUAAAGUUAGCAUAUUUCCUUUUAGUAAGUCAUUCCUAAAUAAGAUGAAAAUCAAAUCAUUACCAUUUUCAUAAUAACUUUUUUAUUUGAAAGCCACAUUAUGUCAUACUUUAUCUUGGGCAUCUUAACAUAUUCACAUUUCACAUAUUUGAAAUUCUGAAUAACUUCCCAUUUAGAAUUCUCCAAUUUAAGGUCAUAAUCCACCCUGUUAGUCAACUAGGCUAGAAAAUCAGAGUCAUCUUUUGUUCUUUUUUAUUUAAAAAAAA